GCAUGCGCGAGGUGAGACGACGGACGAAAUCUUGGAGAUUGUGUCCAUGCACUUCCCGUUCUGUCGCAGUCCCCCACCUUCACCCCCCUCCCCUUUCUUCAUCCGAUGCUCUCGCGGCGAUCCGUCGACGCCGUCACACCGCGCGCCCCGUCUAUUCGCAAUUGUUCGCGACUACGUGCUAUAUGUUCGUGCGCGAUUCGUCGACCGACGACGCGACGACUCGACGAUGACGACGCUCACUGGCCGUCGCGCGCGUACGUACGGGCGGAACACCCUGGCGAGAGCGGUGCUUCAAAACGAGCCGCGUUUAGUGACUCGCGUUCAGUAGCGAAGCGCGCUUCGCGCUGGACGGAUCAACGGUAAUUGUGUGUUGCGCGAACGCUCGACAGCGACGGGACGUGCGAUGCGCUUCGGCAGGACUGAACGAAUAAUUGAUCGGGAUACGCACGGCAGAGGUUCAACAUGUCCAUGAAGAAAGAGUCGCCUUGGGACGUGGAGCUGCAUCUGGCGGCGGCACGCGGGGACGCCAAGCGUCUUCGUGUUUUAUUGAAUUCCGGACGCGUCCACGUUGAUUGCAAGGACAAGGACGGCACGACACCUUUGAUAUUAGCCGCCGCUGGUGGCCACAUCGACGCCGUGACCGAGCUGUUGCAUCAAGGGGCGGAUCCCAAUGCCAAAAGGCUGACCGGGACAACGGCUUUGUUCUUUGCCGCCCAGGGCGGAUACAUGGACAUCGCGAGUCUGCUUUUGGAGCACGGCGCGAUCGUGGAUUCGUGCAGCAUAGACGGCGGCACGCCGCUCUUCGUCGCAUGUCAGUACGGUCAUCUGGACGUUGUGGAGGGUUUAAUAGAGAGAGGCGCCAGUCCGAACGCUCAUAUGAAGGACGGUGCCACGGCGUUGUUCAUCGCUGCCCAGAACGGCCACCUUCGUAUACUGGAAGUCCUCCUGGAGCACGGGGCGAAGACGGACGCGGUAAGAACGGACGGCGCUACACCGCUGUGGAUCGCAUCGCAAAUGGGACACGAUCACAUCGUCAGGAGGCUGUUGAGAGCCGGCGCGAAGGUCGACGCCACGAGACACGACGGCGCAACUCCACUUUUCAAAGCCGCCCACAAGGGUCACACCGCCGUCAUCGGCGAGUUGCUCAAGUACCGUCCUUCACUCGGCAUACUUCCGAACGGCGAAAGUGCAUUACAUGCGGCAGCGUUGACGGGACACAUGACGGUCGCGAGGCAGCUCGUGGGAGCGGGGGCUGAUCCUUUACUCGUAAAUCAGGAAGGCAUAACGCCGCUUCAACUGGCCGUCCGACAUUCGCAGACGCAAGUCGCCAAUUACCUGAGGGAUAAAAGCCGAAGCAACAGCAGUACUUUUGGUAGAGGAUUCUUGCAGGACGUACACCUUCAAAUAGCUCAAAAUAAAAAGCUUAAAGAGUUACUUGACGAAGCCGAGGAAAUACGCGGUCUGAUCCACCUUAUAGUUGAAAAUGUUUCUAUAGUGAAGAACUUGCAUAACAAUAUCCUAUCGCACACGAAUAAGGACUUGCAAAAAGAAUUAGAGACUCGCACGUGUACGAUUUCGCAGACGGCUUUUCACGUGCAGCGAAAGUUACGAGAUAUGGGAAAAGGUAUCAUUGCCAUUGACGAUUUGACUAUAGCGCAAGAUGAACCUGUAUACAGUGUAUACACGAGAAUUAGAACAUUGCAAUAUACAACUAUGCUGCAAAUGUUUUCUGAUAUUAUGGACGAUUAUAAUGGCUCGUUACUGAAAUAUCAUGACAAGUGCCUCUUACUCUUGCAGCAGCAACGUUCACUACUAAGGCGACAAGUUACUAGCGCGGAAUUGGAUCAUAUGCUCGAUGUUCAAGAAACUAGCUUAUUUGUCGAUAAUAUUUUAGAAGAUAGUAAAAUAGCUAGGCAACAAUUAUCAGAUAUAACAAGUAGACAUAAUGAUGUUCUAAAAUUAGAAAAAUCUCUCACAGAAAUCAGAGAUAUGUUUGCAGAAAUAGCAUUUCUAGUCGAAAAACAGGGGGAACAAAUUAAUAAUAUAGAAUAUUUUGCCAAUAAAACCACGGAUAAUAUCGACGGCGGACGUGUUCAACUCAGAAAGUCAGAACAGAGGAGUCACAGAUAUAGAAAGAGGAAAAUCAAGAUUGCUAUUAUCAUAAGUAUAAUAGUGAUAAUAUGUCUUUUAUUUAUCAUUGCGUCAUUUUAGAAACUAUUUCACAUAUCAUAUAAUCUUAUAAGAUACCUUACGAAUGUAGUUUAUUUUAAAAUAUAAAAGUAAGAAAA